AGUGGGAGUGAUCAGAGUCACUUAUUGUUUUUAUAAAUUGGCAGCGGAAUCAAUUGUGGAUUCAUAUAAUACCAUACUCAUUGUAGAUACAGGAGAGAUGGAUUCGUUGGGAAAGAUUAAGCCAUACCUUGCUGCUAUUUUCCUGCAAAUAGGACUUUCCGGGAUGGAUAUCCUGUCCAAGGUGGCGCUGAACAAGGGGAUGAGCAACUACGUGCUUGUUGUCUACCGCCAUGCAGUUGCCACAAUUGUCACUGCUCCUUUUGCUGUCAUUUUUGACAAGAAAGCGAGGCCGAAGAUGACAGUUGCAAUCUUCAUCAAGAUAACAGUGCUUGGCUUAUUGGAGCCUGUGAUUGACCAAAACCUGUAUUAUGUGGGGAUGAAGUACACAACAGCAACAUUUGCAACUGCCAUGUACAAUGUCCUCCCUGCUAUCACCUUCCUCUUGGCUUGGGCUGUUAGACUUGAGAAGGUAAAGGUUAAAUCCAUCCACAGCCAUGCUAAGCUAGUCGGGACACUAGCAACAGUUGCAGGAGCAAUGGUGAUGACAAUGGUGAGAGGACCAUUGAUCCCAUUAAUUUGGACAGAAGGAAGAACGCAUCUACAAGCAACAAAUAGGACGGAUGUCCAUAGUUCAAUUAAGGGUGGUUUGAUGAUUGUGGCUGGCUGCUUCAGCUAUGCUUGUUUCAUAAUUCUGCAAGCAGUUACACUAGAAACAUACCCAGCAGAGCUCUCUCUUACAGCUUGGAUAUGUCUGCUGGGUACAAUUGAGGGAUCCAUUGCGGCCUUGGUGAUGGAAGGGGGGGAACCCUCUGUGUGGGCUAUUAACUGGGACACCAAAUUACUCACAGCUACCUAUAGUGGGAUAGUCUGUUCUGGACUCACUUAUUACAUUCAAGGAAUAGUAAUGAAAGAACGAGGGCCUGUUUUUGUGACAGCUUUUAGUCCCCUAUGCAUGGUUAUUGUUGCUGUCUUGUCCUCCUUCAUUUUGGCUGAACAAAUGUUCCUGGGAAGGGUGAUCGGUGCCAUUACCAUAAUUGUGGGUCUGUAUCUUGUGCUGUGGGGAAAAGGCAAGGAUUACAAAACGUCAUCCACAUCAAUGGAAGUGCAAAUAGAACCAUCUGAACAGAAAAUGGAGGAAAGUUUUGAUCAUGGAGUUAUAAAUAUUGACGAGCCAGGAAAAGUAAUUACAGGCAGGGAUGGAAAUGCAAACAAUAAUGUGAAUCCCAACAUUGUCUAGGCUUCAAAUUUGGCGAUCUAAUCAAGUUUAAUGCAAGAGACGUAGUUCCAUGGGACAGUGGCACUAAACUCAACUAGCAUUUUCAGCCAUAAUCCUAUAUGACAGUGGAUGGUGAUGCAGGUAUCAUUCCAAGAAGUGACAUCCACAACGAUGGGAAUACCAGGCAGCAUCUGAUUACUCAUCCACAAGAUUAGUGCCUCUGUUACUUAGUGGAUAAGAUUCCAUUUCCCUUACAAAUAAUGGGACUUCUUUCAU